AUGAUUUCGCCGCAUCGACACGAACUAGCAGACACGAGAACAGAAGAUCCGAAGUUCGGAUGCCAGAGCUGGAUCCGCUUUCGCUGCUGCACUUCGACCGCAGAGACCCGAUUGCUCGUCGCUUCUCAAAAGACGUCGGCUGCCGACAGUGUCCACCUCCCUGAUCCUCCGAAACUUUCCUCCUCGUCACAGACAGGUACGUCACAGUUUCGCUGGUCACGGACGCGACUUCGACUUCUCAGCUCUACGUUUGCACGCCACCGCCUGCGGAAGGUUGCCUGCUGCGUUCCGACCAGUGCUCCUUCACCUCUCACUCGCCUGCUGCUAGGGUCUCCACGAUCGAGUUCUGUCUCUCUGCGACGGCAGCGCCGACAACGCGGAACAAGCGACGAUAGCCCAUCCAGCGGCGUCUCACCAGCCUUCUGCCUCCUCACAACAGCGCUUUCGACCGAACCAACCUGUUUGACAAGUCGACCAGUCCUGCGAGCCUCGACAUUCCCUCUCUCCACUUUUCUACCCGCUCGCCGUCACCUUCUGCGGCUUGCCUCUUGUCUUCCAUUCGUAGCAACAAGUACGACCACCGACCCACAACCGUCUUUUCGUCGCGCUUGCCACCGCUGCCAAGCUCCUCACGAGAACGUCUUAUCAACGUACUUGUCUACACCGCUCCUUCCGAUUCAUGGCGCCUCUUCUCGGCUCUUCAAAUCAGCAUUGACCGUAAGCCCCGUCGUCUUUUGCACGCGAUCAUCCACCCCGCGACGUCUUUCGCUCGCCAAACUCUUUCCAAUCAAUCACCACCCGAACGGCUCUGCUGCCACCAUACCGUCAAUUCCGCCUGCCUUCAUGCCGCUGAUUAUGAGGCCUCCCAUCAAACACACGGACGACGAGCACGAUGCCGAGCGUCUACGUCAGAUCGCACGUCGCAAAGAGCAGAAUCGCAAUGCACAGCGACGACUUCGCGAGCGUAAAGAGGAGUACACCAUGCAGCUCGAGGUGCAGCUCGCUGAGCUCCACCGUCGGUCUCAGAGCCAAGAGGAGGAAAGCCACUUUCUGCGAGAGGCGCUCGCUCGGAUGCGGGCCGAGAAUCAGACUCUGGCCGAACAGAUUGCCAUGAUACACCAGGCAGUACCUUCCACCCAGUCGUCACAUCCUCUGCCCCAGCGUGCGUCCAUCGAUCUCGGCGUCGACCACUUUGCCCCUCUCAAUCGCCACCGCAAUCGCUCGCAAAGCGUCACGGCUCUGGCGCUGCCUCACCUCGCUUUCGGUCACGCUGCUGCACCGUGGUCGACAUCGUCACAACAACCAAUUCCGGCCAUGCACGCGCCAUUCGGGACUACUGUUGCCCCCGGUGCCACUCAUCGCAUGCCGUUCUCGACUGUGUCUCCCUUGCCCGGCGCGGAGUCAUCCUUUGGUGGCGGUCUCGCUGCUCCUCAUCAUGAUGGUGUCGACGAUGUCACCAUGGCGCGACCCGACGACAACAGCCGUACGGGCUCCCAUUCGCCGUCUUUGUUGCGACGGACGAGCUCGCUGCUUAGCACCCCUGACGCGAGAUCCAACUUUUCGCGUCCCGGGAGCGGGCAGACUGAAGUGACGUUGCCAUCUGAGCAAUCGGAGCCGGAAAGCAGCGCACCAGGCAAGGUUCAACGUGUCUCCGACUCCGGAAAGCCUUUCGGCUCUGCUACGACUAUCUCGCCGUCACCGCCGAUCGAAUCCGCGGCUAUCCCUUCGAGGACCAUGGCACCAAUUCCUUCCUCAGCUGUUGACCAGGGCAGUUCAAACACGUCCAAAACCGCCCUCAGCUCGGACGAAGUCAUGGCAAGCUGCCUGGAGAGCAUCCACUCUCUUCCUCAAGCGCAUGCCGAUUCUCACGCCUCUCAAAAACCCAGCGUGGACAACGCCGCUUCGUGGAUGUCGUCGGCGCCCGACAUUCACGGUCAAUUGUCGCUCCCCGACUUUCGCCAUUCGGAUAUGUCGAACAUGUCCAAGCCUCUUGGUGUUACUCCGGGCGCGCUUGGCCUAAGUAACGUCAUGUCUGGAACCGGGGCUAGCAGCGACGGAUGGUCGAUCUCGCCUUGGAUCAAUAUGGCACAGACACCUACGGCCGGUGCAGCCGUCGACAUGGAUCACUCUGCUUCGCGAACCCAAGCCGAUGCUCACGGUGCUCACAGCCUCGACGCGGGCAUGACGUUUGAGAACAAGAAGUCGCUGGCGUCGCGUCGAGGUUUCUCAGGGAGUCUAAGGCGGACUUUCUUCCUGCUGCUUCCGGUAAGACUGAGUGUUGUUCUCGUCGUCAUCUUCUCCCUCCUCCACCACCAUAAACAACAACAACAAGACCCCACCAUCCCUCCCGCUUUGAGUCUUAUAAAAAUGGCUAGUCAAGCAUUCAUCGUCGCCGCCAAGCGAACCCCCUUCGGUGCGUUCGGCGGAAAACUCUCCGGGUUUACCGCAUCUCAACUCGGCGGUCUUGCAUCCAAAGCUGCCCUUGCCGAACUUCCCUCUUCUACCAAGGUCGAUGCUACCAUCUUUGGCAAUGUCCACGCGAGCGACAACACGGCAGCCUACCUGGCCCGUCACGUCGGCCACCACGCUGGUCUUCCCGUCACCGUACCUGCAUUGACGGUCAACAGGUUGUGCGGAUCCGGAUUCCAGAGCAUCAUUAAUGCUGUUCACGAGAUCCGCGUCGGUGACUCGGACGUGGUGCUGACGGGUGGUACGGAGAGCAUGUCACAGGCACCUUAUACGCUGUCUGGAGUGAGGUUUGGAAACACCCGGUACGGUCAAGAUCUCAAGCUGGUCGAUUCGCUGGCUGCUGCGCUGACGGAUCAGGUUCCGACACCUACACCGAUGGGUAUCACGGCCGAAAACCUGGCUGCCAAGUACGGCAUCACCAGACAGCAGUGUGACGAGUACGCAUUGCAGACCCAACAGCGAUACCAGAAGGCUCUUUCCGAGGGCGCCUUCAAGGACGAAAUCGUCCCCGUCGAGAUCAAGUCGAAGAAAUCAACCGAGACCUUCGACGUCGACGAACAUCCGCGUGCCAAGACAACGGUCGAAAGCCUCGGAAAACUCCCCAGCGUGUUCAAGAAGGAAGGCACCGUAUCCGCCGGCAACGCCAGCGGCAUCUGCGAUGGUGCCGCUGCCAACGUCGUCGCCUCGGAAGAAGCGGUCAAGAAGUUUGGCCUCAAACCGCUGGCUCGUAUCCUGUCGUACGGCGUCACCGCCUGCGAACCCAGCAUCAUGGGUAUCGGUCCUGUUGAAGCAUCCAAGAUUGCUCUCAGCCGUGCCGGACUCAAGGUGUCGGAUAUGGACCUCAUCGAGGUCAACGAAGCCUUCGCCGCCCAGUUCUUGUCGGUGCAGAAGGAGCUGGAGCUGCCCAGCGAAAAGACGAACGUGUUCGGUGGAGCGAUCGCCCUCGGUCACCCGUUGGGCGCUAGUGGCGCGAGGAUCAUGGCCAACCUUACUCACAAUCUGAUCAGGCUGGACAAGAAGUACGCACUCGGCGCAGCUUGCAUCGGUGGAGGUCAGGGUAUCGCCAUCGUCAUCGAGAGGGUGUAG